AUGGCGACGUCCCGCGCCGGGGCCGCCCCGCCGGUCACCGGCGACCGCUACCUCAACCUUCUCGUCCGCUUCGUCGCCGCCCACGCGGGCGAGCUGCUCGACGGCUCCCUCACGCUGCGCCUCCACCCCGUCGGCCUCCACUACGUCGCCUCCCGCCUCGACGCGCUGCGCGAGCUCGAGGCCGUCGGCGCCGGCGCGCCCGUCGACUACCUCCGCGCCUACGUCGCCGACCUCGGCGACCACCGCGCGCUCGAGCAGCUCCGCCGGAUCCUCCGCCUCCUCACCUCCCUCAAGGUCCUCGCCGCGGGGCCCGCCCGCGACCCCGCGCCGCUAUCCCUCCUGCCCUUCGCGCGACUCCGCGUGCUCGAGCUCCGGGGAUGCGACCUCUCCACCUCCGCCGCCAGGGGACUGCUCGACCUCCGACACACCCUCGAGAGCCUCGUCUGCCACAAUUCCACGGAUGCUCUUAGGCAUGUAUUCGUGAGUAGAGUGAUGGAUGUCAAGGACUCUCCUGUAUGGAGUCGGCUUUCACAUGUCUCAUGUGCUUCUAAUGGUCUGGUACUCAUGGACGAGUCGUUGCAAUUGUUACCUGCGGUUGAAACUCUUGAUCUUAGUCGGAACCAGUUUGCAAAGGUGGAUAAUCUGCGGAAAUGUACAAAGUUGCGAAAUCUGGACCUUGGAUUUAAUCAUUUGCGUUCUGUUUCAUCCUUGAAUGAGGUUUGCAGUCGAGUUGGCAAACUUGUACUGAGGAACAAUGCUUUAACUACAAUACAUGGGAUUGAAAAUCUCAAGUCACUUGUAGGCCUUGAUCUGUCUUACAACAUCAUAUCAAAUUUCUCAGAGUUGGAAAUUCUUGGCAGCUUGUCUUUGCUACAGAACCUAUGGCUGGAAGGCAACCCAAUCUGCUGUGCUCGGUGGUAUCGAGCACGUGUUUUUAGUCUCUUCCAUAAUUCAGAAAAUUUGAAGUUAGAUGAUAAAGGUAUGAACACACAAGAAUACUGGGAAAAGCAAGUAUUGUUUGCAAGCAGACAAAAACUACCUGCUGGUUACGGAUUUUAUUUUCCUGCAAAAGAUGAUCAUGAGGACGAAGAGACUUCAAAUUCUAUGAUGGAUUCCUUUUUCGCUUGGUUCAGCCUAGAUGGUGCUGUACGAUAUGCAUGGAUUGCGAGUCGAAAGACUAGUCGAGACUAG